AUGAGAAAUCAUAAAUAUACUAAAAGACUAGUAAUAGGACUUCUCCUAUUACUUUCAGUUUAGGCUCAAUUUUUAAAGAAUGCUUCAAAUAAUCACGAAUCUCAGAGGAGUGAUAUUAGAUUACUCUAGUCUUCUGUGUCUAUUAAGCCAAGUGAAGUUUCUUCAUUUGCACCAACUCAUAUAACUUUUAAUGGAAUUGCUUAACCUCAAGACAUCACAAAAAUUGAAUUGUUUAAUUCUUUGUCUACAAUUCAACUUGAAAUUGUAAAAAGAUAUUCAAAUUCUGUUUUAGUAAAGCUUGAAAGAGGGAGUUAAGGAAGAUUCAGAGGUAGAAUCACUUUUACUGAUGAAUCAUAUAUUGAGACAAUAAACAAGAUUGAUAUCAACGCUAAAAUAGACUCUAUUUAUCCUAUGUAAGGAAAUUACUAAGGAGGAGUACUACUGACUAUUCAAGGUUCUCGUUUUGGUAACUUAGAUUCAGAUACUGAAGUUCUUAUUGGAGAAGUCCCUUGUGCAAUUAUUACUUACAACGAUAGCUAAAUUGAAUGUGUUACAUAACCAGCUUGGAAAUUAAUGAAUUAAAAGAGAAAUCUAGUUUUAAAAAGAAAAUCUGUUGUAAUCUCUUCUGAUACACCCUUAAACACAGAAUUUACAUUCAUUUCUGUCAAAUAAUAACCAAUUAUUAAUAGAAUUCUAAGUAGUAGUGGAUAAAUAUACAGAGGCUCUACUGUUAAUAUUGAGGGUACAAAUCUAUUCGCAGAAAACCUUUAAACUUAAUUGUUCAUUGGAAAUGAUAAAAUCUCAUUUUAAAGAACAGAAACAGGUUUAUCAUUUGUAGUUCCAUAAAUAAUUACCAACCAAGCAAAUUAUUUGAUUGUUUUUGUUGAUCAAAAUGGCUCAACAAAACCUGAAUAAUUAUAAAUUUUGUAUAGUUUAACACAAAUUUAUUGCUUGAAUCCAGAUAACACAUUACAGAUUUAGGGUUGGUCAACUUAUUUGACUGCUCAAAUUCAAGGUCUCACUGAUCAAUCAAUCGUGUAAAUAGUUACUAGUGAUGAUAAAUAUUAUGUAGCAGAUAUUGUCACAUAGAAUUAUAUGCAAAUCACAUAAAUGCCAACAGUUUCAUAGAUUCAAAUGAUAAAUGUUGAUGGCUAAAAUAUCCUCUAGUCCCCAAUUAAAUUAAUUCAAAAUAAUGCCUAAGUUUCGUUGAAUUUCUUAAUAAAUACUCAUCCUGCUGAUAGCAAGUAUUUCUAGAUGAAGUUGAUUCAAUAAAAUUAAAACCCAAAUUUAAUUGUAAAAAAUUUGUUAAUCAGAAUUAAAUCUGUUCAGUUUACUGAUGAAUUAACUUAAGAAGACACAAACACAUUCAAAUACAAGAAAUUUAGCUUUAUUUAAAAUGAUGUUGAUUUUUAUGUGUGCACAAACUAAGGAAGUUUUAUAUACACAUAUAAUGGCAAUUAAUAAGAUAUUAAUUUAACACCUACAAUUUAAAUGUUAACUUAAAAUAAAAAUCCUAAAGCUGGAGAUAUUUUCUAGUUUAAUAUUACUUCCUCUACUUCUAAUCUCAUUAGUAAAAAAUAUGGUUAUGCUAUGAAAAUUAUUUGUCAAAAUGGCUACAAAUAUCAAUACUAUAAUAAUUAUCUUGAUUAUUAUUAUUCUUUAUCUUCCUAGUAAAAUGGAACAGUGUACAACUUUGUAUUCCCAACAAUUAUGCAGAGGUUAAACCCAUAAAAGGAAACUUGCGAUAUAUCUAUUGAAAUAAUUAAUGUUUAGUCUAACUUAAUAAAGGAAUAUAGAGAUGAAUUUGAGAGCUCUUAAUUUAUUUCUUCGUUUUUAAAAGAGCUCAACACUAAUAUUGAUGAUUUUAACUUUAGAGAUAUUGGAAAAUAAAUUAAAAGCACUACGCUUAUAUCAUUUGAAGAUGCAGUGACUCCUACAAGAUAGAGAAUUUAUGUAGAAACAUUCUCUCCUAGUGUUAUAUCGUCUUAUGGAAGUGAAUAAAUAAUUAUUACAGGAAAUAAUUUCUUGUUAAACGGAAACGCAAUUGAUAAUAUAGCUGUUAAGCUUUUAGGUGUAAGCUGUGAAGUUUAAAGUGUGAAUAAUACUCAAAUAGUUUGCAUUUCAGGACCUAAAACUAGAAUUGAUCCUUUGGAAAAAACUUAGGUAAUGAUUGGUAACUCUGAAGCUUUGCUGUUAAGUCAUGUUGCUUAUUCAAUUGAUCUUAAGGAAAAUACUUAGCUAGAAAAGUAUUUUGUAAAUGGGUAUAAGAUCAAUGUUCCAUAUAACUAUGUUCUUAAUGUAGAUCUUGGUAAAUUCUAAGGCGAUGAAUUAAAUUUCUUUUAUGUGAAUGUUAAUGAAUAACUCAUCUUUAGAAGUUAUAGAGACUUAAAUGUUACUUUCAAAAUGUUUUAAGGGUUGGGAUAGAUAAGCUUUGGUACUAUCGAUUAGAGAUUUAAUUCAAAUUGUAAAAUUUUUAUUAACUAAUAAAAUGAUGUCAAGCUGAGCUCUUAUGGAAAAAACAUUGAAAAUUAUUCAUACACUUUAGUGAACAGUCUUGAAACAUAACAAAAUUUGAUAGAAGUUUAAGAAAGCUAAGUCUAGCUUAAAAAAGGAAACAAAAUCAUGGUAUUGGCUACAACCUAAGAAGAAAGAAACGAAGAAUAUAUUGUUGAAUCGGUGAAAUAUAACAAAAUAUACCUUUCAACAAACAUAUAAACAAGACAUUAAAAUACAUAAGAAACCAUCAACUAUAAAAAUGGAGAUUCUUAUUUAUUCAGUGUUUAAGUUCCAAUAAUUUAAAUUGAUAGAAACAUUUAAAUUGAAGGCUUUUAACUGUAAUUCUAAGAUUUGUACGAUACUAAAGUAGUGGCGAAUAUGUAUGAUUCAAAUAAUGUUAUCUAAUCCUUUAUUAAAUUAAAUAAAGAUACCAAUAUCUCAUAUAGAAAUAUGACUUCUAGUGUUUUAUAAUCAAACUUUAAACACUUGGCUUUUGGUAGAGAAAAUAUUAAAAAUAUUUUCAUUAGUGAGAAUAACUAGUGUAAAAUAACUCUCACAAAAAGUGGUAAAUUUAAUAACAAUUUUUCCUAGUGCAAUGUCUAAAUUCUUAAUACUAACGAUAAGAAUCUAACAAAUGAAGUGUAAGAAAUGUAAAACAAUAUCUUUGCUACUACUUAAACUUGCUUAAAUGUAAGAUAUCCCUAUAAACUCGUAAUGAAAGAUAAUGUUUGUUUGUCAGUUUAAUACUUUACUAACUUUUUUUACCUUCAUACAAUUUAAUCAGAAGGAAUAGCAUUUGUUGCUUUAGACAUUAGAUAAGCCUUGGUUCUUUAUUAAUUUGAUCCUACUUAAGAGGUUUCACAUGAAGUAUUUUCUGUCUAACCACAACAAUCAAACAAUACAAAGAUUUUGAUUGCCGCAAACAGUGUUAAAAACCAAAACAAAAAUACUCCUGCCUUAUUCAUCAAUAAUAUCCCUCUUAAUUAUUACUCAAUGUUUAAUUUUUACAACUUUGAAUUAAUAGGAUUCAAUGAAAAUAGCACACCUAUCUAAUAUCAAUAUGUCGAUAAUUAGAAUAAUGCUAAUUAAAACUUUAUAUCAAUUUGUGACUUUUAUAAUUUCAAAUCAGAUACAUUUAAUUAGACUAUGCUAUUUAAUGACACAAAUUCAGAUCUUCAAAAGGGAUUAGCUUUGAUAGAUAAAGAUGGAAGUUUAACUGGAAAGGUCUAAUCUAUAUUAUCUUCAAAUAUUGUUAGACCUGAUUUAAAUUGCCAGAUGAAUGAAUAAAAAUUAUAAAGCUGCUCACCUCUUAUUGGUGUCAUGUCUAUAAACCCCGAUGUUGAUUACUAUUGUAAAAAUAUUAAAAAUGCAGAUUUAAAAGUCAUACCAAGCGAAACAUAAUUUAUCCCAAACAUAACAUAAACAACUCAAGUUUUUGUUACAUAAUUGUAAUAAACUUUUUCAUUUAGAUUUGUUAAAAAAUUAACAGGAGAGGAAUUUAUACCAUGCAGAUUUAAUUUAUAACAAAGAUAUUUAGCAGAUUCUAAUUUAGGCUUUAUAGCAAAAUACUCAGUAGACACAAAGAAUAUUUCUAGCAUAACUAUAUAUAAAUAUUAAUGGCAGUUUAUAUAAACAUCUGCCUCUAAUAAAGAGCUAGAAGUUGCUAAUUGCUCUCAUGGAGAUUAUUUUAUCCAACCUGAUGGAAUUUAAAUUUGUAUUAAGAGUGAAAAAGGCAACUUCUUUAAAAUAGUUGUUAGCAUAUAAUCUAAAAUAUGA